GCGGGAGCAGGGCAACCUCUUCUUCUACUUCCCGGAUGCCAGCUCCAGGAUCAAAGAGCAGGCCAAGCAAGUGCACGAGCAGCUGAAGGACCGGGAGGCUGUGGAUGAGAAUCUUCGGCUGCGGAAUGAGGACCAUCCGGAAAGGGGCGUGGCGGACUUCUUCUCGGAGCUGGAAGAGCUUCAGCAGAAGGAGCGCGCCUCCGCCUCCGCCUCCGCGGCUGCGAAUGCGGGCCGUCCUGCCGGAGCGGAAGCCUUGGGAGAGUCUUUGACAGGGCCGGGGUCGUCUGAGGCACCUGCCUCUCAAGGCCCCAAUGCACGCAUCGCCAUACCUAGCGAGUCCAGCGAGAGAUGAG